UGGUAAUUCUCAACUCUCAUGGCAAUAGAAGGUAUAAAAUUUUUACUGUGGCUGUAUUCUGUAGCUUUGUGGCUGAAACGGUUAUCAUGAUGAAACUGUGGUGGUUGUUGUGUUGUUUAGCUUACAUCCAGAUCACCUAUGGAUGGGUGAAACAGAUGGAAAAUCUCAACCUUUUCGAAGGAGACAUGAUCUUAACGCCAAAACAGAAGGAAAAAGUUCAAAAUGGUGACUACGGAUUUGGUUCGAAGAAAGAUCCAAGAGAACUAUGGCCAAGAGCUGAAGUGCCAUAUGAUAUGUCCUAUGACCUUGCUUCAAAUUCAAAAGCUGUUAAAGGCAUCAAUGAAGCCAUUGAAAUGUACCAUAAAUACACUUGCAUUCGAUUCCGAAAAUGGCAAGGCGAAAGAGCAUACAUUCAUUUCUUCAAAGGAGGCGGCUGUUCUUCCGGAGUCGGGUAUGGUGGCGGAAGAAACUCAAUCUCAUUGGAUGAUGGCUGCUACUGGAGAACCACUGUCAUGCAUGAAAUUGCACAUAGUUUAGGUUUUUAUCACGAACAGAGUCGACCCGAUCGCGACACCUAUGUGGAGAUCUUGACACACAACAUUCUUAACGGUGCUGAGGGAAAUUUCAAGAAGCAGCCUUAUUCUAAUGUUGAUUCAAGAGGUUCACCAUACGAUGUUCGAUCAAUGAUGCACUACAGCUGGAAUGCAUUUGGAAAAGAUGGUAAAAUGACUAUCAGAGUUUUGAACAGCCGCGAUCAAUAUGAAAUUGGAAAUCGUGAAGGCUUUUCACAUGGUGAUAUUGCACAAAUUAACAAAGUGUACGGAUGCAAAGGCAACUAUCCAACUUUACCACCUUAUGUAAGACCACCUCCAGGGUGUUAUGAUUUGGGUGGUGGUUGCGCCGACAGUCGAGCUGAAGGGCGCUGUACUUUAUCUGCAUGGCAGAGUUACAUGAGAAAGUCUUGCAGGCGAACUUGUGGAUUCUGUGGUGAUGGCGGUGGAGGGCCACAGCCAACAUCAGGAACAGGUGGAGGAACCAACUGUAGGGAUCAAAACACUGCUAGUGACUGCCGCAAAAACAUCGGAUACUGCAGAAGCAGCAGCUCGGCUUGGAGAGAUUACAUGGCUCGUGUAUGUAAAAAAACAUGUGGUCUAUGUUAAAUAGAACAAGUAAAAAAGAUAAAUUUACCCAAAAAAA